UACGCACAAAAUUGUCCAUCCCUCCUGCGGAGAUGGAUGAUGCUUGGAACGAGCUUUCGUUCGACUUUGAGCCGGCAGUCCAAGCAGCCCUGCCUCCCACGUCUUUAGGAAACACGAGAGACCGCUUCAGGACACAGGUAUGUCGCCAUUGGCUGCGAGGCCUGUGCAUGAUCGGCGACAGCUGCGGCUAUUUGCACAAAAUGGACCGGAAUAGGAUGCCUAUCUGCAGGUGGCGAACGGAUUGCCAGGUGGAAGGGUGCGCGUUUCGUCACGAGGAAGAGCAGGAGGCCCCGGAGUGCGCCAUGUACCAGCAGGGCUUCUGCCGCCAUGGGCCCACGUGCAGGUUCAGGCACGUGAAGCGAGCGAGAGAGGACUGCCCCGAAGUGGCCGAUUUCACUCUAGCAAACCCCACCAGCCUCCACUCCAACAGUGCCGGCGGCAGGGCCAUCCCUCCCGGAGGCUUUAGCAGGAGCUUUGGGGGAGGCAGCUUUGGGGGUGGGGGCGGGGGGGCAGCGCAGAGGAGCGGGGGGGGGGGCGAACACGCCGCGAGAUAUUUCGGCAAGAACCAGAUGUGCAAGUACUGGACGAGCGGGACCAAGUGCCCCUGGGGGGAUGCGUGCAACUACGCCCACGGGGAGGAAGAUCCUCGACGAGAUAGAGGCUCUGGCGGCGUUGGUGGCGGCUUCGGAUCACGGUUCGAGCCGCGAAAAGACCCUUUGACGGAUCCCGACAUCGAAGCAAUCGUGCCGGUGAAGGAGGGAGAAAAGGCCAGAUUUUUCGUGCUGAGGAGCCUCAACCACGACAACCUUGCGGUGAGUGCUGUCCAGAACAAGUGGUACGCCCGUCGGUUCAACAUCAUGCCGUUCAACUCGGCCUUCGACGGCCCGGGGAGGGCUUUGUUCUUCUUCACGGUGAACCAGAGCAACAACUUUCAGGGGUGCGCCGAGAUGACCUCACGGGUCCCCCAGAUGGGACCACGAACGGAGGAAGAGCAGGUGAUGGAGUUCUCCGUCAAGUGGCUAAGGCUGUGCGAGCUGCCGUUUUCGGUGGCCAGUCAGGUCAAGAACCCUUCGCAAGACAAUCUCCCGAUCUGGCGGGCUAGUCACGGCAUGGAGAUUCCCUACGAGGCGGGACGAAAGCUGUGCAAGCUUAUGUGGGCCCAGCCGGAGAUCGACCUCCCACAGCAUGUGGUCCAGCAAGCGAAAGACGCACCAUUCUCAGGGGUGCUGCCGGCUCGCUCCCCCGCCUCCGGAGGCAACCCCACGGGCCCCCCCGGAAUGAGGGGUCCACCCAACAAGCUCGCGCGGGUAGGGGGGCCGCCGCUUGGGGGGGGGGCUCCGGGGGGUGUAGAAGGGGUUCCGGGGGGCGGGGCGGCGGGAAGUGGGGUGGGGGCGGGGUCGCUGCAGCUUCCGGGCCAGCAGCAGCAGCAGCAGCAGCAGCAACACCAACAGAUGCAGAUGCAGAUGCAGCAGGGGCCACCACAGUUUGAUGGUCCACCCGGGUUUCUGUUCGAGAUUGAGUCGGAGGUUCGAGUGUCGGUGGAUCUAAAGGCUCCGCCAAUCAAGGCGGGGGAACCGAUCAUCCGAGAGCUGUUCCGAAGCGGCAUGGUAGAACCGGGGGCGUUGGAUCCACGGCAGGCGGACAUCCUGGCUUCUACGAUGGCGGGCCGUAUGCGGCCGCCACCGCCUGGGGUAGUCCCGGUACCAGGACCGGCGGUAGCGGUAGUGCCAGGGGAUGUGGGGCCUCCGGGUUUCAACGGUCCCGUUGUAGGCGGUGGCGGUGGCGGUGGCGCCCACCGGGGCAGGGGCGGCAGGCGAAACAGGAACGGGGGCGGUAAAGGUCACAGAUCUGGGAAAAAAUAGAUGCUUUUGCUGUUGUGUCUGCUGUUUGUUUCGAACGUUGUUCGUCUCGGUGAUUCCGGAGCUUGAUUGGUUGGGGAACUGCAUCACCAUUGUUUGCGAUGCUAGGACCGCGCUCCUGAGCAGUUUGGUGGGCGCGCGGCUGGUUUUCUAUCGCAGGUUUUUCUAUCUCGUGGCGUGCGUUGGCUCAUCGAAAGCGUUGCGUUUUGUUUUGUUCACCCACUGCCGCUUGCUUGCCGACGGCGCUUUUGCCGUGAGGAUACUG